AUGAUAUCUUCAACCAUUCGCUCAGCAUUAAGAUCAAGAUUGGCAGUUCAAACUCCAAAAAUUUCAAAUGUUAUGAGAUUGACUCCUAUUGUUAGACCAACUUUCCAACAAAGUGUUAGAUCAUAUUCCUCCGACCAUCAAGAUGAAACUUUUGAAGAAUUCACAGCUAGAUACGAAAAGGAAUUUGAAGAUGCUUACGAUUUAUUUGAAGUGCAAAGAAUCUUGAACAAUGUAUUCUCAUACGAUUUGGUUCCUGCUCCAGUUGUCAUUGAAAAAGCUUUGCAAGCUUGUAGACGAGUAAACGAUUACCCAACAGCCGUUAGAACUUUUGAAGCUUUGAAACACAAAGUGGAAACUCCAGAACAAUACGCUGCUUAUUUGGAAGAGUUGAAAGACGUCAGAAAGGAAUUGGGUAUCGAUUUGAAAGAGGACUUGUAUGGAAACGAAGCUUAA